AUGGUACGAUCCUACAUCAUCAUCCCCGUCUUCUGCAUCAUCUCCUUGACGGCCGUGCUAAACGUCUUCCAGGAUAAGAAAGACGACAUCCUGAACUGGGCUGGCAAGGAUGGUUCCUUCCAGCGGCAGCAAUCGCAGUUCCGUAACUGGAUCGAGAACAAGCCUGACGCCCAAUUCCCGGCGGAGAAAGACCGCUAUCACCUUUACGUUAGCUAUGCUUGUCCGUGGGCUCACCGGACACUCAUCGUCCGCAAAUUGAAAGGUUUAGAAGACAUUAUUCCCUAUACCUCGGUGCACUGGGAGAUGCUAGAGAAAGGCUGGCGCUUCGCACGCUCUGAUGAGAAAGUUCCCGGGGAAACACACCCAGACCCGCUCCAUCCCGACUUCACGCACCUACGCGACAUUUACUUCUCGGUCAACCCGGAUUACUCUGGCCGCUUCACCGUUCCAACUCUGUACGAUAAGAAGCAGAAGACCAUCGUCUCCAAUGAAUCCGCGGAAAUCAUCCGCAUGUUCUACAGCGCAUUCGACGACAUCAUCGACGAAAAGUACCGCAAUGUCCAUCUACUGCCCGUCUCGUUAAAGUCCCAGAUCGAAGAGACCAACGAGUGGACCUACAAUGACAUCAACAACGGGGUCUACAAGUCCGGCUUCGCCACCGCCCAGGACGCAUACGAAAAGGCCGUGACACAGCUCUUCAAAUCUCUGGACCGCGCGGAGGAGCACCUGGCCAAGAACGCCGCGCCGUAUUACUACGGCAAGGACAUCACCGAGGCGGACGUGCGGCUGUUCACCACGAUCGUUCGUUUCGAUCCAGUCUAUGUGCAGCACUUCAAGUGUAACAUCCGCGACAUCAGGUCGGGCUACCCUGCCCUGCACAAGUGGCUCCGAGAGCUGUAUUGGAAGGUGCCGGCGUUUGGAGAGACGACCGAGUUCGAGCAUAUCAAAGGACACUAUACCAAGAGUCACAGGCAGAUCAACCCGCACAGCAUCACGCCGGUAGGGCCCAUCCCGAAUAUUUUGGAAGUAGAUGAGGAAGUGCCAGCCGUGAAGGCGGCAAAAGCUUGA